AUUGCACUUUUCUCCUCUCCCACGCAGCCACACCUCGUACACAUCCUCUCCAUCCAUCGGCAAGGGCUUGUACUCUUUUUACGUGCGACGUGAAGCAACAAGCCAAAACCUUGAACAAACUCGGCAUCCCAACUUGUGAACGGUUGCGUUUCGGCCUCAUCCGUCUUGGGCACCGAGUCAUUCAGCACCCGCCGUCCUCACCCGGCGGCCCACCGCCCCCCCUCCUAACGCCAAAACGAUCCAAGACACGGCCAUCUCCAUCUCGUUGCCGCCCGCCGCCCAACUUUGUGUCCUCUCCAUCGGCCACUGAUCCGACAGAGGUCAAGAGGCCCCAUCACACACCACAACAAUGAAGGUCCCAACCGAACGCAGGACGUCCUCGGACACUUCUCACUACUCGCCCUACCCCACCUCUUCAAACCUGCCCCCAUCCUUCUCACAACCAGCCCCUCCCGUUCGCAGCAACAGCUCCGUCUCUCGGGGCUCGCCUUCGGCUGCUGCAUCGGUCCCCGACCAGACACAGUACAAGGUCGCCCGUGCCAUCUCAUCAUGUACCCGCUGUCGCUCGCGAAAGCAAAAAUGCGACGGCAAGCUCCCGGCAUGCUCGGCCUGUGAACGCGCAAAGGUCGAAUGCAUCGGCUUCGAUGCCAUUAGUAAAACGAAUGUGUCACGAAACUACUUGCAUCAGCUCGAGCAGGAGGUCGCUCAGCUCAGAGCCCAGGUGGCUGCCCUCUCGACGCCGGGACAGGAUCCGGUCGGCAGAACGAAGCGCGAGAUUGCAUCCAACGCUUCCCAGGCCAUCGCAACGUUUGCUUCUCUCAACGGCAGCCUGGCCAUCGACCCGGCGCUGCAGGGCCCCGAUGGCGAGCCUCCUAUGCGCUCACCGUGGGACUCGUCGCCGUCUGUAAACGCUCGCAGCCGGUCCGAGUAUGGCUUCCCCCAGACGCCGCUCGGCGGCCACGACUCGCCCUCUGGCUCGCCUAUUGUGCCCGGCGGCUCAUUGCGUUCCAACCCGAUCACCGCGAGCACCGGAGCCGCAGCAACGUCGCUCACCCGCAUGGUCCAGGACGCUGCCCUGCGUACGGGCCACGCCAUCACGGGUGCGACGCUCCUCAACUCUACCAGCACCAACGGCCCACCAAGUGUGUCGGGCUCCGUGCGCGCUGGCGAGUCUCCCAGCGACCGUGGAUCCUUCGGUAAGGAUUCACCGGCCGUUGGCGACCACGAUCGCGAGGAGUACAACCCUUCGCCAGAGACGACUCUCACGCCGCGUUCGGCCCACCCUUCCCUCCCGGCCAAUGUCCCCCAUACGCGCGGCCCACCCUCCGUGUCGUCGGUCACUGGCGGCCCCGCGCCGUCCGUCUCGUCUGCAAAGUCGAGAGUGAGACGCGCAUUCCAUGUCCCACCGCUCCCGCCACAGCCUGCAGUGGAGCGGUUGGUCGCGGCCUAUGUCGACUUUGUCGGCGUGACCGCUCCGAUCAUUCACAUCCCGACUCUGGGCAAGCAGCUCCAGCGCAUGCGCGAGGGCACAGACGUCGACGAGAGUGACGUCUUCGUCGUCAUGAUGGUUCUCGCGCUCAGUACGAUGGCCAGCUCGCGGUUCGUCGACCCUCCAGACGAGCUGCGCGCUUGCUCUGAAGCCUUCCACGCCGAGGCAUUGAAGCACCUCGACGCCGUGUUCGAGGCCCAGAGCUACAUUGGCCUGCAGGCCAUCUUGUUGUUGGUCUGGUACUCGCUCCUCAACCCAGACAAGGGGUCGAUCUGGUUCCUCGUCGGACUCGCUACCCGCACGUGCGUCGACCUCGGCUUCCACAACUCGAACAAUGCGCAAGCCGAAAAGCUCGACAACCUCGAGAUCGACAUGCGCCGCCGUCUCUUCUGGAUCACGUACAAGAUGGACCGCUUGUUGUCCCAGUCGCUCGGCAGGCCGCCGGGUAUCCCCGAUGGCUUCAUCCACGUCCCCAUGCCUGCAUUGCAGCAUGACGUGGACAUCCACGCUGGAUCAUUUGGCCCUCUCACCGGCGAGGCGUGCCCCUACAAGGCUGUGUUUGCUCACACGGUCAAGCUCCGCCAGCUCCAGUCCGAGAUCCUCAACAACACGUAUGGUGUCAACGGCAUGCCCAAGCCCAAGCCCGAGUGGUUUGAUGACAUGUUUGAGCGCCUCAAGGACUGGCUCGCCCGCUCGCCCGAACCUCGCGGAACGGUAUCCUCCGAGGGUUACGCCAUCUCGUUCCACAACUCGUGCCUGCUGCUCUUCAGGCCAUCGCGUGGUAACCCCAAGCCUGGCCGUGCUGCGCUCGCGACGGUGCUUGCGAGCUCGAGCUACAUCAUCCGCAUUUACCGCAGGAUGCAGCUCAACAACAGGAUCAGCUGGCUGUGGAUGACGAGUCACUUCUCAUUCAUGGCUGGUCUAUCGUUCCUCUACGCCUUCUCCAAUCUCUACAGCUUGGGUGGGGGCGCCGGUGUGCCUACCUUGGAUGAGGCGAUGAUGGACAUCGAGUCGUGUCUGGCUGUUCUCGAGUCCCUUUCUCCCCGCGUCCCCUCUGCCAGCGCCUGUCACGACACAAUGCGCAGCGUGUCCCAGUCGCUCUUCCAGCAGCUGUCAAAGAUGUCGCCGCCUCGCCACGAGGUGCCGGGUCGUUUGUCGCCAGGCGGCCGCUUCCGUGGAGCACCCAUCUCCUCGUCGCGCGACGACCCCUUACCGAAUGACGCGCCCUUCCCCGCUCCUCUUCCGCCCACGACCCUCCCAUACGAGCUCACCUUGCUCGACAACCUGUUCCUCAACCCCAUGUCGAGCCACAACAAGGCAAGCGAGUACACGAACGGUCCGAAGAGCAAGAACUGCAAGAAGGUGUGCGGCGAGAAUGGCUUGAAGAAUGGCGAGCCGUCGGCAGCGUCGCCCGGCAUGCCGCAGUCCCUCCCCCCUGCGGCAUUCCACAGCUUCGGCCCGUACGGCAUUGCUGCGCAGGUCGCCUCUGGAGCCGCCGCGUCGUCGAACAAUGGCCCGUCGUGGCCCGGCGGACAGACCACUGCGCAGGCAGUGGCGCUCGGCGCGACAGCGACAAGCUCGAAUGCUCUCAACGAGCUCACUAUCAACGGUAUCUUGGGCAACGCGACGCCGACGGCCAACGGCGGUGGUGCUGCUACGCCUGGCGUCGCGACCAAUGGCGUGGCUGCCGACGGCGCAGUCGUCGACCCGGCCACGACCUUUGACAUCUUCUCCUUCCUCAUGGACGAGGAGGGCGGUCUCGGCCAGUCGUGGAACGCGCUGGACGUGCCAGCGGAUUAUCCCCUGUGGAGCUAGGCGUGGUCGUAAUUUGAUCUAAUUGAACGAAAACAAAACAGCCGACUUGGUCGGCGCAAACACAACCGCUGUGGACAUUGUGUAUUCUCUGGGUAGUCCGUAGCUAGCUCCUGUACGUCUCACGUAGUACGUGGUAAUGUAAUGCACACUAGUUUGACAUGG